AGCAGAGAAUCAUCCGCAUUACAGCAGUAAACCUCUGCGCACACCCUGAGGACCUCUGCAUUCUCCAGCUACAGACACUUACCUGUGAGAAGAGCUUACGGUGGAUGUAAGAGUGCGCGCAGAGGCAGCAGAAAUGUGCAGAGGAACAGUGAAAGAGCCGCACGGAUGUCAGCGCAACUUCAUACAGCUCAUCGUGUUGCUCAUAGUCAACUGCGGGGCUGAGAUUCCUCCAGACCCAAAAGUGGUGGCUGCCUCCAGUUGGAACAUGUCCAGGGGAGCUGAAAGAGUUCACUUCAUAAGGCUGGAUGCUCCCAUGAAUAACAUCACUACCUCCCUCGGUCAGACAGCUGAGUUACACUGCCACGUUUCAGGGAACCCACCACCCACUGUGCGCUGGCUUAAGAAUGAUGCCCCUGUGGUCCAGGAGCCACGGCGUGUCUCUUACAGGCCCACUCCAUAUGGCUCACGUCUGAGAAUCCGAAACCUGGACACCACAGACACCGGCUACUUUCAGUGUGUGGCUACCAACACCAAUGGCACAGUAUCUACCACAGGAAUUCUGUUUGUCAAAUUUGAUCCGGCCCCCACCCCCUUGGCUGGAAGGCCUUUACCAGAGGAUUUUGAUGAAGAGGGUUUCUGCCAGCCAUACAGAGGGAUUGCUUGUGCUCGCUUCAUAGGAAACAGGAGCAUCUUCGUGGACUCGCUGCAGAUGCAAGGCGAGAUAGAGACCCAGAUCACAGCUGCAUUUACCAUGAUUGGCACCUCCAAUCAUCUAUCAGAUCGCUGCUCCCAGUUCGCUAUCCCUUCCCUCUGCCACUUUGCCUUCCCAACAUGUGACCGCAGCUCUGGCAUGGAUAAACCACGCGACUUGUGCAAGGACGAGUGUGAGAUUCUGGAGAAUGACCUGUGUAAGACAGAGUACAUAAUCGCUCGCUCCAACCCACUCAUCCUUAAACGUCUCAAACUGCCCAACUGUGAGGACCUGGCCGCUUCAGACAGCCCUGAGUCUGCUAACUGCAUGAGAAUAGGCAUUCCAAUGGCUGAGACUAUAAACAAAGGCCACAAAUGUUAUAAUAAUAGUGGUUCAGACUAUCGCGGCACGGUCAGUGUGACUAAAUCUGGUCGUCAGUGUCAGCCGUGGAACUCACAGUAUCCCCACAGCCACACCUUCCUAGCCAUGCGUUACCAGGAGCUCAACGGGGGACACUCCUAUUGUCGCAACCCUGGCAACAAGCAUGAUGCUCCCUGGUGCUUCACUCUGGACGAAGGUGUACGCUUGGAGCUCUGCGAUAUCCCUCCAUGUGACUUACCUAAGCAUGGUAGCAACAGUAUGGGGAUCCUGUACAUCCUGGUACCGAGUGUGGCUAUACCAUUGGCCAUCGCCCUGCUUUUCUUCUUCAUCUGUGUGUGCCGGAACAACCAGAAAGCCUCGCGUCCACCUGCCCCACGCCAGCCCAAACCUGUACGUGGCCAGAACGUAGAGAUGUCCAUGCUCACAGCUUACAAACCAAAGAGCAAAGCCAAAGAACUUCCUCUGUCUGCAGUGCACUUCAUGGAGGAGGUGGGUGAGAGUGCAUUUGGUAAGAUCUACAAAGGUCACCUGUACCUGCCAGGCAUGGAGCAUGCUCAGCUAGUGGCCAUCAAGACACUUAAGGACAUCUCGAACGCACAACAAUGGGGUGAAUUCCAACAGGAAGCAUCUGUCCUUGCAGAACUUCAUCAUCCCAAUGUGGUUUGUCUGCUGGGCGUUGUGACCCAGGAACAGCCCAUCUGCAUGCUCUUUGAGUUCCUGGCCCAGGGUGACCUCCAUGAGUUCCUCAUUAUGCGCUCACCCCAUUCAGACGUGGGCUGUAGCAGCGACGAAGAUGGUACCAUCAAGUCCAGCCUUGAUCAUACAGACUUCCUGCACCUGGCCAUUCAGGUUGCUGCUGGAAUGGAGUACCUGGCGAGUCAUUUUUUCGUCCACAAAGACCUUGCAUCAAGAAACAUCCUGGUUGGUCAGCAACUUCACGUCAAGAUUUCUGAUCUGGGAUUGUCAAGAGAAAUCUACACGUCUGAUUAUUACCGGGUCCAGCCCAAAACUCUACUUCCUAUUCGCUGGAUGCCACCAGAAGCCAUCGUCUAUGGAAAGUUCAGCACAGACUCUGACAUUUGGGCAUUUGGUGUUGUUCUGUGGGAGAUCUUCAGCUUUGGCUUGCAGCCCUAUUACGGUUUCAGCAACCAAGAGGUAAUGGAGAUGGUGAGGAAGAGACAGCUGUUGCCCUGCCCUGAGGACUGCCCUCCUCGCAUGUACGCGUUGAUGACCGAGUGCUGGCAAGAGGGUCCCGCUCGGCGUCCAAGAUUUAAAGACAUCCACUCCCGUCUGCGCGCCUGGGAGGGCCUGUCUUCCCACGCCAGCUCCAGCACUCCGUCUGGAGGGAACCCCACCACCCAGACCACCUCCUUGAGCGCCAGUCCCGUCAGCAACCUCAGCAGCCCAUGCUACGCCGGCUACAUCUACGGAGCUCCACAGAGUCUCCCACCAGGACAAAUCGCAGGCUUCAUGGCAGCACCCAUAGCACAAAACCAGCGUUUCAUACCUGUAAACGGAUACCCAAUCCCGCCAGGCUACGCCGCCUUCCCCACCGCCCACUUUGCCCCAUCUCAGGGCCCUCCGCAGGUAGUGCAACACUGUCCUCCGCCAAAAAGCCGGUCACCCAGCAGUGCCAGUGGCUCCACCAGCACUGGUCAUGUGACCAGCAUCCCGUCCUCAGGCUCGAAUCAUGAUGCCAACACACCAUUGCUCUCUCACUGCGUCACUCUGACGCCCAUGCCGGGCAGCACAAUGCCAAUUUUUGGACACAUGACACAGAAGGCCUUGCAGAUAGACCCAUCCCAGGCAGCAUUGCUGGCUGACACUAACAGACUGAUGUAUAGUGAAUCUAUUAUUACUGCCGAUUUGUGAAUACAUGUUUUCUCCUGUAUAUUGAUAGAAAUUGAUAUUUUAAUGGUUUUUGUUCCUCCUUGUAAAUACUAAAUAGCCUCAAUUGUUUUUAUAUAAAUGUCUUUGAAAAGAAUGGACUCCUCUCAUCUCUUAAAUAGAUUACAUUUAAGGAAUAUUUCACCCAAAAAUUAAAAUUAUGUCAUUCCAAACACAUAUGACUUUAUUCUGUGGAACACAAAAGGUGAUGUUUGGCACAAUGUUAGCCUCAGUCACCAUUUACUUUCAUUGUAUGGAAAAAAAGAUACAAUUAAAGUAAGUGGUGGCUGAGACUAACAUACUGCCUAACAUCUCCUUUAGUGUUCCACAGAAGUUUAUACAAGUUUGCAACAACAUGAGGGUGAAUGGGAUGACAGAAUUUUCAUUUUAGGAUGAACUAUCCCUUUAAUACAAUAUAAAGCUGAAAUAUAUUCUCUGUGAAGCUUCAUGCCGCUGGUUGCAUCAGAACUGUCUUUCGUGUCAAUUUAAUGUGUGGCAGAACAGACUGCACCUUAAAAAGGAGUCCUGCUUUCAACCAGAACUUUAAAAUGAUGCCCUGUUUUGGUUUAUACCUCUAUAAUCAGUUACUUUGACAAAACUGUACUUCACUCACUGACAAUUUGAAUGCUUCCCUGAAGGCUUGAGAUGGACAUUAUACAAGAUGGUGUUCUCAGUCUAUUCAUUGCAAGAGGUUUUUAUUGUAUGUAUUUUUAUUGAUGUUGCAUUAAAAUGAAGUCUAUAGCAGACUUUCCAGAACUAAGGGAAUACAACUUUUCACCAGUGCCUUACUGCUUUUGCAUAAAAUGGCACUUUUGGACACUUAAGUCACGUUUAAAAAUGUAUGAAUGACAUUGCAUUAAAUACAAACUAUCAAGUCAAGUGACAUCUGCAAACAAAUGAUGCAAGACAUUUUCUUGGAACUAACUUCUCUUUUCUUAGCCAUUUUUAAUACUUUUAACCAACUGGUCUCAAGGUGGUUUUAAGUGGAAGUAUGAAGUCCACUUGUGCUAUAAUUUUUUUAAUGAAUGGUUUAAUAUUUUGAUAUUAUGUGUUAUAUUGCAGAGACAUACAUUUUAAGUGUGACUUAAGUGUUUAAAUAUUAUCUGAGGUCCCUAUAAUUUUGACCACCAUAUGUGCCUACAUUUUAUUAUAAAUAAUUCAGGCAUACAGUAUGUACAUCUGUGAGAUAUUCUGUUCUGUGACUGUCUUGUUCUUCUGUUACUGUGGUGUUACAGAAAUGAUUUCUACACACAAGACACCUCACCUUUGUAUAAUUAUUUCUUGUAAUUGAAUGUUGCCUGUAAGGCCAUAAUACAGCCUACCUACAGACAUGUCAGAAGCACAUUCACAGUUUCUGUGUAUAGUCUAUUUUGUGCCUUAACGAGGAGCAUUAUGUGAAAGUAGUCUGUUUAAACUGUCAAAAUUGCAUGUAUUGUUUUCAUUCCCAUCUGAAUUCGUCAUUAACUUAUCAGAUCACUGUUUGACAAAGCACAGGCCUACGUGAAUGCAAUAUGACUGAUGCGGACCCUGAUGGCACUCACUACCUGUAGAAUGUAAUGUCUCAAAAAUCCUCUAGAGGUCAGUGUCACUCUAUGGCUCUGAUUGAAUGAAGUUCUUUAUAUUUUUUUGUGUGUGGUUUUCCAUGGUAAUACUGUAUGUGCCAGCUAUUAUUCAGCAUUUGUUUGAUGUUUGUUUACUUUCUUCUCAAUGUGAGUUUUGUAGUUUGUUUAGACUUCAGAAACAGUAACAGAAACAGGGAUGAAAUAGAUUUGAUCAUUUUCAGCAAGCAGCUAUAUGUCAUGUUCAUUUUCAUUGUGGUUCGUUGCUAUGCAACUGUUUAAUUCAAAGACAUCCUUUUCCCGUGUUGAAGACAAUCAAGAAUAUAUCUUUUAUGCAGGGUACAGUGUUUGUGAAGACAUGAUUGCUUGUGACCUAUGAAAUGCCUUGUGGACAAUGUCAUAAUGUGUUGUGACAUUUCAUGAACAGAUGUUAUGCAUGAAAAACUGAUGUUUAAAUCGAUGGUCUAUUUUUGUAUGAAUUUGUCACACAAUUUUACACCAGUAUUGCUGUCUUAUUAUUGUACGUCUGACCAUACAGUGUGUUGACAUUAUAAAAGCCACUGAAAGAAACAACUUGGAUCAAUAUAAUUCCUUCAACAGUGAUUAUUUAAAUAGUUAUAUAUAUAUAAUAUAUAUAUAAUCUUUUUUUUUUUUUUUUUUAACAUAUUUACACCUUUGUCCUCCAGGUUUCUGGACUCCAACUAGAUACACUUGUGCUUUUAAGUGUAAGCUUAUGAAAACGUAAAGGCCUUAACACAAUAACAAAGCAUAAUGUAAUAAC